AUGUCUCUCCUUGCAAACCAUCUGGAACAAAUUGCACUGUCUGCAAAGUCUAUAUCCGAGCUGGAAUUCCCUCCACCCAGGAUAUUCACAAAUGCUCUGCUUAACAAUCAGGAGAUUACAACCCUAAUUCGCGACACAGAACCUCAUGAGCGUGCCCUCUUCUCCGUCGAUCCCAAUGCUAUCAACAGGAAUCCCGCUUCGAACGGGUUCCGGCCGACAGACACCAAAAAUGGUCUUCAGGGCCGUAAAAGUGUGUAUCCUUCCGCGCAUCCCAUGAAACAAGCCGCGGUCUCAGCGCUACUGGGCAAAGAGAUGCUCCAGGAAAUCAGACAAUCCAGCAGUGGACGAUCUCGUGAAGGAGUCAACGUGGAAGUCCUCCUUCGCGGGGCAGAAAGACUUUGCGAGGUAUACACCGUGGUGGGAGUAACAGAAAGAAUUCGAGCCCUCCGCAACCGUCACCGAGAAGUCGCUAGCUCUAUAGCUAUGCUCGAGGACAAAGUCUCCAGGCAACAGUCGCUAUUAGACCGAACAAACUGGGCGCUGAACUCUGAAGAAAGAGGGGAUGAGAAUGAUCUGGAGCAAGACCCAAUCAACCACAAUGAUGCGCUUGGCCUCAUGGAGAAGGAUUUCCAGGUAGAAGAGGAGGAAAUCCGCGAGUUGGAGGCUAAAAAGAAGGCCUUGGAAGAGCGUGUCUCCGGCCUGGAAAGAGACCUCGGCGGGCUUCUCAAGUGA